AUGCCACUACCCGGCCCUCUUCCUUUCACAACCAUUUUCGUCGACUUUUUCCGCCUUCCUCUCCACCUUCGGCGCCUUACCGAGAAACAGCGCACAGCUAAAGGCACCCCGGUUUCCGUCACAGCGGAAUCCUCAAACACCUCUCCGGUCUCCAUUUCAUCACCGGUAUCGUCCUCAUCGUCUGCCGCUUCUUCGUGCGAUCAGCGCACUUCUUCUCACUUCCCUUCCUCUUCUCUUUCCCUCCAUCCGUUUGGUCCUUCCUCUUGUGCAUCUUCCUGUCCUUGGGCGCCGUCGUCGCUGCCGUCGUCUCCGUCUCCGCCCGCCGGCCAGUCUGCGCUUCUUCCCUCGAACGCGCUGUCGUCCCACAACAAGAGUGAGCAGCGAGAUCAAGAAGUCGAGAGACGAGAAUCCGAGGUAGACCGACGAUGCGCGCAAAAAACGGAAAACGGUGAAUCGCGAGGACGAGGCGGAAGAGACAGACUAGAUAGCCGAAGAAGCGUCGGCAGAGAAGGAGAAACACGCGUGCCAAGCGGAGGAACAGACAAGGGUGGAGAAGGACGAGGAGAGACCGCUGGAGAGAGGAAAGAAGAACGAUGCCUUCCAAAUGGGAAGGAAAAACCAGGACCAAAUGCUGGUUUCGACGGGAAAGGCCCGCUGGGUCAAGGGGUAGGAGCAGAGGAAGAGAAGCGGACAGGAGGGAAUGCCGAGUUUCACUUCUAUUCGGACAACCCGUGGGUCUUCCUGCUUUCUCAUCUCCACGCUGAUCACAUCGGUGGCCUGCAUGGCCGCUGGCAAGACGGGUCCAUCUUCUGCUCCCCCACCACCCGGCGUCUCCUUCUUCUUCGUUUUCCUGCUCUCGCCUCUCGCGUUGCCGCCCUCGAGCUCUACCGAGUCUAUCGCUUCUUCUUCCACUCCGAAAGAUCGAAAGCGAGGACUGACCCUGCCCAGCCGGCGAACAGAGACAGCUCUGUACAUACACCAGGCGGAGACAGAGGGGAGUCGAGCGCCGGCUGUUCCCGGGAAGACCGAUGCGACAGCGCCAGCGUUCCUUCGGUCCAUCCACCGGAUGCAAAGGACCCAACAACUGGAGACGCGAACGAGAACGCGCGCGGGUCCUUGACAAAGAAAGCAAGGCCCCAGGAAGAUGCGACCGAGGAAAGAAGAGACGGGAGCUACCUCGUGGAGACGGCCGAGAAUGGAGGCCGCGAAGAUGUUUCGAAGGAGCGAGACGGAACGCACACGAAUGAUGACUCCCUUUGCGUUCAGAUUAUGCUCGUCGACGCCCACCACUGCCAAGGGGCUGUUCUCUUUGUCCUUCAAUCGCCUGCCUUUGGGGUGUAUGUACACACGGGAGACCUCAACUGCAAUCCGGACACAGUUGAUAGGAUCAUUCGCGACAUAAAAUGCGCAGUUCUUGCACUUCGUUGUGCCGAUGAGAACACCCCGAGUCUCUGCCCCUCGCCGACUCCGUUUGCCGCCGGCGGAGACGAAACCCAUUUCUUUCAUGGCGGGACGGGAAAUGAUGUAGAGCUUGUCUGCGGAAAAACCGUCUAUACACCAGCGACAUCAAGAGCCCCCCCGUCCGUGAUGGAACCGUCGACCUCCUCUUCUCUCUCUUCUUCCUCUCUCCCGUCUUCUCUCUCAUCUUCGUAUGUCUCGUCUUCUGUGGGCUCUCUGUCUGUUGAGGCUUCUCACGAGGAACGCGGGCAGGGAUUGGAUGGCUUCGAUUGUUCGAGUUUCGAUGCCGCACACGUAGAUCACCUGUUUCUCGACAACACUUAUCUUCACCCUGUCUUUGAUUUUUCGUCUUCCCGCGACAGCUUCUCCCGACUCGUUUCCUGCGUCCGCUCGCUUGUUUGCAUUCUCUCCUCGCGGGGCACUUUCCACCGAGAACAAAGGGCUCGACCUUCGCCCGCUGGUUCUUCCCCUAUUCCUUCGGUUUCUCCCUCGUCUCCAGCUUCUCUUUGGCUUCUGAUCGGCACGGAUUCACUGGGGAAGGAAGACCUGCUGGCGGCUCUCUCGCAGAAGCUCGGAGUCCCAAUCAGCGUUUCAGUUGCGCGCUUCGAAGCGAUGAAGGUGUAUCUCCAGCCUUCUGUUUUGUCUGCUCACUUUCGACGAGGUCUGCCCGCAGAACUCGAGCGGGCUCUGGCCUGUCAGCAGGGACGCGCGUCUUCUGCCUCGCGGCGUCGACAGAGUGGACGCAGUGCAUGCGAGGCGAGACUUCUGCAUUUCCAGAGCAGGUCGGGAGACACUCGCCAGCCCGCCGCCGAUUCGAUGCGGGGCGCCUCAAGACCCGGGAAAACGGAAUCCAGCGGAUGCUGUCCCUGCCUCCCCUGUCUCGCGUGCUCGUCUUGCACGGCGUCGGUGGAAACGCAAGGGAGCAACACAGGCACAGGAAGGGAUGCAAUCCGAGAAACUGAGGGAGAAGGCGAAAGAGAGAUUGGGCGGGAGGAAGGAGAGGAAGAGAGAGAGGAAGGAAGGGAGGACGAAGGAGAGACAUCGGCGGCAGGAGAAGCACAACCGAGGCAAACGGAGGACGAGCGUGGGACGGCCGCUGGUCGUGGGAAAGGAGCAUACAGAGGGCAGGAAGACGGGAAGACUGAGGGGUUUGGACUGCGGGUUUUCGGUGUAAGCCGACACCUGCUGCGCCGGUGUGUCAUUUGUCUCCACAACCAGUGGAAAUCUGCAGUGUACAGACACCGGAGCUCAGCUCGGACACAGAGAAUGGAAACGCGGAAUCUGCGCCAGGCUGACGAAGAGAUCCUCUCGCGUACUGUCGUGGGCGUCUUCUGUUCAGAGCAUGGCUCCGUGCAGCUGUGUGCAAGCCUGCCGGAACCGAGUUUGCGCCUGAAUGUUAGCCGAACGGAACUGGCGUUCUUGAUGGCUGAGAGAGAAGAAGCACCAGGCGAUUUGGCGCUGACUGUGGGGGAUUUGCUUAUGGAAGACGAUUUUGUUCAAGAGUUUUCCCAAGAACUACGGCAGUCCGUCUCGGUCUCGAGGGGAGAGGUAGCGCUGCCCACGGCCUACUCUCCAGGAGCACCCUACGACGGCGACGAGGGCGUGCAGCUCUUCAUGGAGGCAUGUGACGUCUCCUCUGUCUUUCUGGCUGCAGGCCGCACGUGCAUUUCGGCUGCCAGUGCGCGGCAGAAAAAAACGUCCAGGAACCAAGUCCACGCAGCUAAGAAGAGGAUGACACUGCGCCGCGAUUGCCGAGAAGCCGAGGCGCUGGCCUGUCCUCGCCACGGCAGUUUGGCCGCGAAGCAGCGAGAACUGUUGGAACGCGACAGGGGCUCUGGAGCGCCUCCACCGCGGGCGUUCGUCCACUGUAUAGACGCUGAGACGAGCUUUUCCUUUUUUGGCGCAAAUGAACGACGCAAGAGAAACGGGCGAGCGAGAGAGGGAGGGAGAGAAGCGAGAAACAAAGGACGUGCCGGAGUGCGUCGUCCCGCCUCGAAAAUGCGUCAGUCGUCGCAUGCAGGGGAAAGGACUGCUCAGGAAAAAGUGAACUGCCUUCGUGCGCCUCCACCACCUGGACUCUUCUCCAGUUUAACCUUUCCCGCUGGGACGAAUCCAGGCAAUGUGCGGUCCGGUUUUCGUGACUGGCCCUGCCAUGGUGCGACGCUCUUCCUCCCAAAGCUGACCCGAACGAAGAGACUGUGCACCAUGACGAGAAUGCAAGUGCAAAGACAUUCCUGCACGCACGUGCACAAAUGCCGUAGACAUAUAUAUAUAUAUAUAUAUAUAUAUAUAUAG